UGUAACGAGCAGGGGCGGACUGACCAUUCGGAAACUUGGGCACUGCCCGAGAGCCCGGGGUCAGUAGGGGGCCCCAUGAGAUGCCCCUGGUACCUUUUGUAGGCUUUUUUGGGUGUGGUUUGAGUGUGGGCGAGGACACAGGGCCCCAUGAUCCCCUAUUGCCCGGGGGCCCCAUGAGUUGUCAGUCCGCCCCUGGUGUGGAAUCAUCACCAGAGGCUGCAACACACAAGAAUCACCUGCAUGUUUUUUAUAUAUUUUUGUGGACACUGGGGUCACGUAUUGUCAGAUUGGAUUUGCAUUUAUAUAUUUUG